GGCCAUCAGGUUCGAGAGGAUAAUAUUCAAAAACGGGAUACACUUUACCUACACCUCGGUUAGGAAUGGAAGAUAAUUUUUUUCAGUAAUAAAUUUUGUCUGGAGGAGUUAAAGAUGCAAUUUAUAGAUAAGCUUUUAAAAGACCGUGACAAGCUUGGAUGGUUUUCUGCGGCGAUUAUUUAUUUUAUAUUCCUCCGUAAUUUUGCUAUGAUUUACCUACCCCUUUUCCUUCUUGCUGCUGCCGUACAAACGACUUAUACCCCGUUCGAAACCAUAGCAACGGAGAUUACACCUAAGUUAGUUAGCAAAUGUGGAAAUGUAAAUUCAGUUGUUAAUGAUCAGUUUCAGAUGGGAUCAGAACAGCUAUUUUCUUCGAUUUCGAAUGUGAGACUUUUCUCGGCCUCACUCGUUUCAUAUUUUGGUGUCUCUCCACUCUUAUAUUUCGAUAAAGCUAAAACUAAGAAAGAUCUGGAAGAUAGAAUCCUUGAAAUUCAUAAAAAUUUAACCAUCAAUGCCCCCCUGGAUGUUAAGACCAUACGGAAAUAUUUUACUGACCGCUAUUGGACAAAAGCAGACCCAAGUGUAAACUGGUUGAAUCAUUACACACUCUCACUUCUAAGUAGUCAAGAAAAAAUGCAAAAAUUUUUAACCACCUACGAAGUAAAUUUUUUGAAGGAAUUGGACGAAAACCCUGUAGCUACUUCAGCUGAGUUAGAAGAUGCUAAAAAUUUUUACGGGGAUUUUUUGCCAAAACAUUGCAAAUUUGAACAGUAUACUCAAGCAGCUGAAACGUUAAAGGAUGCUAUGGAUAAAAUAUUAGGUGACCAUCAAAAAGCCACUUACAAAUUCACGCUUCCAAUGACCACUUUAAACUUGAUAGUUGUCCUUCUUUUCACCGUUUUGGUGUUUUUGAAUAAAAAAGAAAUAGAAAUACGCUCUAGACACCCAACUUUUUUAAUACAUCUUUUUUUAUCCGUAGUUUUCUCUUCCCUGACAGCCUUUUUAUUUGUGGCCACCGGAGUGCCUUUUAAGCCACUUAUUAUGUCCCCAAUUUUGGCAACCCUCGUUUUCGUAUUUUUCCUCUCCGGGCUCUCCGCUAUAAAUUGCCGCCAAAGAUUGAUGCAUGUUUUGUUUAACCGUCCAGAAAGAAGCUACUCUUAUUUUUUCCCUUGGUGUUACCAUUCUAUCAUAAUUGUAGCUGCUGGUUUUUUAUGCAUGGCCAGUCUUUAUGUGAAGUGGCUUAAUCAUAUAUUUACUUCAUUUGCUAUUACCUACGGGGUGAUUUUAAUUGCAGGAAUUUUUUUUUUAGUAGAAAAUUUUUGUUACUUAAUAUUGACGAGAAAGUGCUGGUUUAUGUUUGUGGAUUAUUAUUACAAUAUUCGCAUUUUCCUUCUUUUUGGGGUGCUACUAAUCCCCACGACAAUUCAUGUUAUUGCGCAUCCGCUGACAUCUGCCUCCCUCUUCUAUAUAAGCUUUGUGACGAGUUGCUACCUCGUAGAUUCUUAUACAUUGCCUUUAAUUAAAAUAUACUUAAGAAGAGCAGGAAAUCCAUUAUUUAAAGACGUCGAUUUUAUAGCACAAAAUAAAAUAUUUUAUGUGGAACAGAUAAUAGCUGAUCAAGAGCUUCGCUCUUUGUUCGUGGACUAC